UGCCAUAACAGCAGAUAGGAUGAACACAAUUCUCUUUAACUUCUCAGCCAGACGCAUCAGUUUUAAACUGGCUCAUGUUCUCUGUCUGUUUAUCUGGGUCAUUGGAUUCAUCAUGUCUUUCACUCCCCUUCUUGUUCCAAGCUACUUCAACGACAAGAUAUCGGGCUUCAAUUUUUACGGCUGUUCCACUGUCUGUCUGUCGCUACAGUUGUCCACCGAUCGCCCUGCUGGUUGGGAGUACUCAGUUGCUGUUUUCAUUGGYUUCAAUGGCGCAGUUUUUUUCUUCAUUCUUGUUGGAUACAUCGCGAUAUUCGUCAAAGUUCGCAAGUCUGGUCGAAAAGUGCGUAAAUCAUCAAAUAACGCGGAAUCCUCAUUGGGGAAGCGGGUGUUCUUUGUGAUUCUGACCGAUUUCUGUUGUUGGAUGCCAAUCAUGGUUCUUGGCGUGCUGUCUUUGAUGGGUAAAUUCAAUGACCCUUCUGUGUAUAUCUGUGUGGGAGUAUUCGUACUUCCCGUCAACUCAGCCAUCAAUCCRGUACUGUACACCUUCUCUUCCUCGCAAACGAUCAACAACAUUAGGUCACUCAGACGAAAGUGGUUGAAAGAUAAAGGGGUUAUUCGCUUGGAAGGAAAAUAUUUGUUCAGGAAAAGAAAGUCCGAUCAAAGCAGUUCAGCAGUAACGACUGCAUCAACUCCUCUAAGAACGAACGACGAAGCUGCUGGACUACAAAGUGAAGCCAAGAUAUAUGAACCAGACAAAGGCCCAUCAUCUGCUGAACGACAAAUGCUAGUAAUAGCCGAGCGUCAGUUACUGGUGAAGGUUGAUGACGAAGAAAAGAAGAGUAUCAUGAGGCUGUUGCUCAUGACGAGGUCACAGCCAUAGAUUAAGACAUUGCUUGUCAGCUUGCCUAACAAUUGUAGUUUAAUAAGAAGUAAAAAUGCUUUGUAUGUUGACAGAGUAUCAUGAGGCUGUUGCUCACGAGGUCACAGCCAUAGAUUAAGCCAUUACUUGUCAGCUUGCCUAACAAUUGUAGUUUAAUAAGAAGUUGGUAAACGUGCUCUGUACGUUGCCAGAGUAUCAUGAGGCUGUUACUUACGACGAGGUCACAGCCACAGAUUAAGCCAUUACUUGUCAGUUUGCCUAACAAUUGUAGUUUAAUAAGAAGUUGGUAAACGUGCUCUGUACGUUGCCAGAGUAUCACGAGGCUCUUGCUCAUGACGAGGUCACAGCCAUAGAUUAAGACAUCACUUKUCAGCUUGCCUAACAAUUGUAGUUUGAUAAGAAGUGGUUAAAGAUGCUCUAUACAUUGCUAGAGUAUCAUGAGGCUAUUGCUCAUGACGAGGUAACAGCCCUAGAUUAAGACAUUACUUGUUACCUUGCCUAACAAUUAUUAAAAAAAAAAAAAAA